AAAAACGGACACCGUGUGCUGUCUCACCCAAGUUUUUUGGUAUGACCAAGCAAACUGGACCUGCCUCAGUCUCGCAGAUAGAAAAGACAUAGAAACGGGAAAAUAACAAACCGGCACCAUGGACAGCGAUGACGACAAUGUGGAGGAGGUGGUGGAAGGCCCACUGGACGAUGACGGACUACCCCACGGUUUCUGCACCGUCACAUACUCCUCCAGUGACCGCUUUGAGGGGCACUUUGUCCACGGCGAAAAGAACGGAAAAGGCAAAUUCUUCUUUUUUGACGGCAGUACACUUGAGGGUUUCUAUGUAGAUGACGCCCUCCAGGGACAGGGACUGUAUACGUAUGAGGAUGGUGGAGCGCUGCAUGGGACAUAUGUGGAUGGAGAACUUAACGGGCCUGCUCAGGAGUUUGACACGGAUGGUCAUCUGGUCUUCAAGGGCCAGUACAAGGACAACAUUCGGUGUGGUAUCUGCUGGGUCUACUACCCGGACAGAGGCUGUGUGGUGGGGGAAGUGAAUGAAGAUGGAGAGAUGACGGGCAAGGCGGUGGCUUAUGUUUACCCAGACGGACAAACCGCUCUGUAUGGCAGCUUUGUGGAUGGAGAGCUGAUCGAGGCUCGACUGGCCACCCUGACCAACCAGGAGAACGGGCGACCUCACUUCAGUGUCGAUCCAGACAGUCCCGUAUACUCCUAUGACAAAUCCACUUCGUCCUGUAUUGCUGGUCAUAAAAUGCUGCCGGACCCUUAUGAGAGCCAGCGUGUGUAUGUGGGACAGUCGCUGAUCUCUGGAGCAGGCGAGGGGCUGUUCGCUAAAACCGACUCUGACGCAGACACAGUAAUGGCCUUUUACAACGGAGUGCGCAUCACUCACUCGGAGGUGGAUAGUCGUGAUUGGUCUGUGAAUGGGAACACCAUUUCACUGGAUGAGGACACAGUGAUUGAUGUUCCUGAACCAUUCAACCUCACAGAAAAUUACCGUGCAUCGCUUGGACACAAGGCCAAUCACUCCUUCAGCCCCAACUCUAAAUAUGACCCGUUUGUCCAUCCUCGCUUUGGGCCGAUAAAGUGCAUUCGGACAAUCCGAGCGGUUCAGAAAGAUGAAGAACUGACGGUUGCGUACGGUUAUGACCACGAGCCUUCAGGGAAGUCAGGUCCAGAGGCUCCAGAAUGGUAUAAACAGGAGCUACGCGAGUUUCAGGAGAGAGAGGCGGGACGGGGAGCUAAGGAUACUUGCUAAAAACUCUCCCAGCACAGUGACACCCCAGUAACCCCCCCCCCCCCACCUCUCGCAUCAGGCCAAGCAGCCUAAUACCCCCCGCCUGGAUCUCCAAACCUCCCAUUUUACUGUCUUGUUGUUACAUAGAGCUAACACUGUUUUUAAUACUUCCUCACACUUCCUCUCAACCUGCGCUCUUUUCUGGUUGAGUUCUCUGCGAUUCUGUACACUAGACUUCUGUGAGACCUUUUCCCUCUUAGCUACUAAAGAACCUGAGAGACUUUGUUGUUCUACAGUGAUGAGGUGCUAUGAUGAGUGAAAGACUGCAAGAAUGUAAAGACUACAAAGAGCAACCCAAGCACACGAUGUUGUGAUUUAGCACCGUGAUGUGUAGUGAGAACUAUGCACUAUUGACCCAAGCAGGUGCUCUUCUCUGCGAACCUCUUGAAGCACUGGCAAUGCAGUCUGUGUUAGUCUGUGGAUGAGUUCCCUUUAGCUAUUAGAACAUAUCUUAUUCACAGCUGAUAAUAAUGACUCCAACAAUCACUUUUGCGUAAAUGGAGUAGUUCAGACUCUUGUGGCACAGUUAUCGUCUGUUGUUAUGUUUACCUGCAUUGAGAGUUAACCUAAACUUCAGACACUAAUUGUGCUGGAAGGUUCAGUAUUAUAAUUGCUUUCACCCUGUAAAUACCUGGGUUUUCUGCUUUAGUUGGAAAAUCUUAAGAGGAAAAAGGUGAUAAAGCACAUUUACAUUUGUUUGUGUGGGACGGUAGAAUGAGUGUGGAAGAAUGUCUGGCUGAUGAUCCUGUGGACACUUUAUAUGGGACUGAAUUCAGGCCUUUGAUAUGCAAUAUCUCUAAACUGAGAUUUAUCAAUAAAAUAUUUAAAACCUGCCAAAA